UAUCUCCAGUUACUUGGUAGGAGGCAGUCAGAUUGUGUGGAAACAUAUUAUAACUAAUACCCAAAAUUUGUGGUAGAGGCUCUGCAGCUAGCUAAUUAUUAGCUAGAAAUGGGAAGGUCUCCUUGUUGUGAUGAAACUGGGCUCAAGAAAGGCCCAUGGACACCUGAAGAAGAUCAGAAACUUGCCAAACACAUUCAGAAUCAUGGCCAUGGCAGCUGGAGAGCUCUUCCCAAACUUGCAGGUCUUAAUAGAUGCGGGAAGAGCUGCAGACUAAGAUGGACGAACUACUUGAGGCCGGAUAUUAAGAGAGGAAAAUUUUCCGAAGAGGAGGAACAGACAAUUCUCAAUCUUCACUCUAUCCUCGGCAACAAAUGGUCAGCAAUUGCAACGAAUCUGCCAGGAAGGACUGAUAAUGAGAUCAAGAACUUCUGGAACACUCACCUAAAGAAAAAGCUGAUCCAGAUGGGGUUCGAUCCGAUGACUCACCGGCCUCGAACCGACAUCUUCGCCAGCCUGCCUCAUCUCAUAGCUCUCGCAAACCUGAAAGAGCUCAUGGACCAGCAUUCAUGGGAAGAAGUGCAAGCCGCAAGACUGCAAACCGAAGCGGCUCAAAUGGCCAAACUUCAGUACCUCCAGCUCCUCCUUCAGCCCCCCAAUCUCAACUCCCCAUCAUUCUCUAACAGCAACAACAUGAUCAACCACGACAUCGAGACUUAUAAUCUCCUCGCCUCACUCUCGUCACUCAACAAGGAUAAUCACGUCACUCUUCCGCAAGCCAAUGCAUCAACUGAUCCUAUACUCCAAUCUUGUUCGGAUAAUCAGGACAUGAUCAAUGAAUUGCAAAUGCCUUUCUCUCAUAUGCCGGAUUUACAAAUCCCGGGCAAUUUAUCAUCGCCUUGUGCGUCCACUCCUCCUCUAGCAGCUCCGCUUGUGACGGAGAGUUCGAUCUCGAAUACCGGAGAUGCUUGCAGUACUUCAAGCUACGGAGGGCCAACCACUUCAUACUGGUCUGAGCUUUUCCUUGAAGAUCCUCUCUUUAAUUCACUUGCUUGAUCAUUUUAUCUCAUCAUUAAUACCUAAUAUUUAAUUUUUCAUUAAUUAAUAGAGUCCAGAUAUAAGUCUGCGUGUGAAAAAAAUAUGGAGUUGGCACCUUUUCCUCUAUAUAUGUAAGAGCAUACGUACGUGAACAGUGUUGAGUUUAAGUAUAGACAUUUCACAAUAUAUGUAGUUUCUUGUUUAUCUUAUAUAUAGUGUAUACGUAUAUGUGUCCAUAAUACGUAUUUUGUAAAUAAUGAUCAGCAAUGUAUUAUAUAUCCGAUCGUUUUUCAUUAAUAUAAUUUUCAUCAUUGUUCUAUGUA